AUGGUGGUGAGAAAGACAGCUAGAUCCCCCUCACCCAAAGCGCAGUCACCUCAGAUCCCCCUCACCCAAAGCGCAGUCACCUCAGAUCCCCCUCACCCAAAGCGCAGUCACCUCAGAUCCCCCUCACCCAAAGCGCAGUCACCUCAGAUCCCCCUCACCCAAAGCGCAGUCACCUCAGAUCCCCCUCACCCAAAGCGCAGUCACCUCAGAUCCCCCUCACCCAAAGCGCAGUCACCUCAGAUCCCCCUCACCCAAAGCGCAGUCACCUCAGAUCCCCCUCACCCAAAGCGCAGUCACCUCAGAUCCCCCUCACCCAAAGCGCAGUCACCUCAGAUCCCCCUCACCCAAAGCGCAGUCACCUCAGAUCCCCCUCACCCAAAGCGCAGUCACCUCAGAUCCCCCUCACCCAAAGCGCAGUCACCUCAGAUCCCCCUCACCCAAAGCGCAGUCACCUCAGAUCCCCCUCACCCAAAGCGCAGUCACCUCAGAUCCCCCUCACCCAAAGCGCAGUCACCUCAGAUCCCCCUCACCCAAAGCGCAGUCACCUCAGAUCCCCCUCACCCAAAGCGCAGUCACCUCAGAUCCCCCUCACCCAAAGCGCAGUCACCUCAGAUCCCCCUCACCCAAAGCGCAGUCACCUCAGAUCCCCCUCACCCAAAGCGCAGUCACCUCAGAUCCCCCUCACCCAAAGCGCAGUCACCUCAGAUCCCCCUCACCCAAAGCGCAGUCACCUCAGAUCCCCCUCACCCAAAGCGCAGUCACCUCAGAUCCCCCUCACCCAAAGCGCAGUCACCUCAGAUCCCCCUCACCCAAAGCGCAGUCACCUCAGAUCCCCCUCACCCAAAGCGCAGUCACCUCAGAUCCCCCUCACCCAAAGCGCAGUCACCUCAGAUCCCCCUCACCCAAAGCGCAGUCACCUCAGAUCCCCCUCACCCAAAGCGCAGUCACCUCAGAUCCCCCUCACCCAAAGCGCAGUCACCUCAGAUCCCCCUCACCCAAAGCGCAGUCACCUCAGAUCCCCCUCACCCAAAGCGCAGUCACCUCAGAUCCCCCUCACCCAAAGCGCAGUCACCUCAGAUCCCCCUCACCCAAAGCGCAGUCACCUCAGAUCCCCCUCACCCAAAGCGCAGUCACCUCAGAUCCCCCUCACCCAAAGCGCAGUCACCUCAGAUCCCCCUCACCCAAAGCGCAGUCACCUCAGAUCCCCCUCACCCAAAGCGCAGUCACCUCAGAUCCCCCUCACCCAAAGCGCAGUCACCUCAGAUCCCCCUCACCCAAAGCGCAGUCACCUCAGAUCCCCCUCACCCAAAGCGCAGACCUCAGAUCCCCCUCAGCCAAAGCCCAGUCACCUCAGAUCCCCCUCAGCCAAAGCCCAGUCACCUCAGAUCCCCCUCAGCCAAAGCCUAG